CCGGGGGAAGGCCCUCUUUGUGGCUGCAGUUGGCAAGAUGGCGCCGGUGGGGGUGGAGAAGAAGCUGCUGCUGGGGCCUGAGGGGUCCGGGGCCCCUGGCGCCGGGGACUUGCCCAGCGAGGAGGACGAGGGGCAGAACCUGUGGUCGUCCAUCCUGAGCGAAGUCUCCACCCGGUCCAGGUCCAAGUUACCGGCGGGCAAAAACAUCCUCGUCUUUGGUGAAGAUGGUUCAGGUAAAACAACACUCUUGGCUAAAUUACAAGGAGCAGAGCACAGCAAAAAAGGAAGAGGUUUAGAAUAUCUAUACCUUAACAUUCAUGAUGAAGAUAGAGAUGAUCAGACACGUUGCAAUGUGUGGAUCCUGGAUGGAGAUUUGUACCAUAAAGGCCUGUUGAAGUUUGCUGUUUCUGCAGAAACCCUGCAAGAGACUUUAGUCAUCUUUGUAGCAGAUAUGUCUAGGCCUUGGACUGUUAUGGAAUCGUUACAGAAAUGGGCCAGUGUUUUGCGGGAGCACAUUGAUAAAAUGAAAAUCCCACCAGAAGAAAUGAGAGACAUGGAGCAAAAGUUUGUGAAGGAUUUUCAAGAGUAUGUGGAACCUGAGGAAGGCUAUCAAGGCUCACCACAGAGGAGAGGACCUCCAGCUUCAGCCCAAGGUGGUGAAGAUGUCACCUUGCCGCUUGGAGACAACAUGCUCACACAUCAUCUUGGGAUCCCAGUCUUGGUAGUUUGCACAAAGUGUGAUGCAGUGAGCGUCCUAGAGAAAGAACAUGACUAUCGAGAAGAGCACUUUGAUUUCAUUCAGUCGCACAUCCGUAAAUUCUGCUUACAAUAUGGAGCUGCCUUGAUUUAUACAUCAGUUAAGGAAGAAAAGAACCUUGACUUGUUGUACAAGUAUAUUGUGCAUAAAACAUACGGUUUUCACUUCACCACACCUGCCUUAGUGGUGGAAAAGGAUGCAGUUUUUAUACCUGCUGGUUGGGACAAUGAAAAGAAAAUAGCUAUUUUACAUGAAAACUUCACAACAGUAAAACCAGAUGAUGCAUAUGAAGACUUCAUUGUAAAACCUCCUGUAAGAAAGUUGGUCCAUGAUAAAGAAUUGGCAGCAGAAGAUGAACAAGUUUUUCUAAUGAAGCAGCAGUCCUUCCUUGCCAAGCAGCCAGCCACCCCUACAAGAGCAUCAGAAUCUCCUGCUAGAGGGCCUACAGGCUCUCCAAGGACACAGGGCCGAGCUGGACCUGCCAACGUCCCCAGUGCCUCACCAAUCACAUCUGUCAAGAAGCCUGAUCCAAAUAUUAAAAAUAAUGCUGCAAGCGAAGGAGUGUUAGCCAGCUUCUUUAACAGCCUCUUGAGUAAAAAGACUGGUUCUCCUGGGAGUCCUGGAGCUGGGGGAGUCCAAGGCACAGCCAAAAAGUCUGGACAAAAGACUGUUUUGACAAAUGUUCAAGAAGAGCUGGACCGAAUGACUCGCAAGCCUGACUCUGUGGUAACAGCAAACUCAUCGACAGAAAAUGAAGCUUGAUAGUACUUAAACAUACCUGUGUAAAUGACCAAAUAACUUUGUAUAUUGAUCUGACAAGACCAGGAUUUUUUCUGAUACAGCCCAUGCUAUCAGUUUUUCUUGGGGCAGGGGAGAUUGAACUUAAAAAAAAACCACAUAUACACAACCAACCAACUUCUUUGGUUUGUCCAAGUGUAAAAUGCACAUUCAGGAAGUUUGCCUAGAAAAAUCCCUCUGUUUCGGAUAACCCCUUAGAGUUCAGAUAGGAUAGCCUUGGUGGGAAGCGGGAGAAGCCACAUUUCUUUGACAUGGGCAACACCAAGGAACCAACUGCAGAAUUUCUAUCCAAGUGAAGCUAAUGGUCACGUGCAAGGACAGAAGGAGGGACCAACAUUCAGAUAGUUGCUAGAGUCUGAGCACUUGUGUGUUAACCAAUUCCUUUGUGCCUGGAAAGAAGGUGCAGGUGGCAGCAGAGUCCAGGAGGGCGAAGAAGGCCUAAGGAGAGAGGAGGAGAUUGGAUACCAGAGGAAAACCGAAUGUGGAUGAGGUGGAGGAAGACAGAAAGAUAGUCAGUGUUACCAACCCCUGUGUGUUCAGUAGGAGUCUAAUAAUCAUUGUUAAAGACAAAUUAGAGAAAAGUCUAAACUAAACACUAAACAUCAUGGGAAUUAUUCUUGUCAUGAAUCAUGUCUUUAGUUUUUAAAAGAUGUAUAAAAUGUGGGAUUGCUCUUCAGUGUACCUGAUGCAGGGGGGAAAUUACUCCAGCUUGCUUAGAUCCAAGUACCUGGCACAUUGUGGGAUGGCUUAGAAGGUACUUGGACUUAAUGUGCACUGUAAUGCAGACAGUCACUGUUUGGCUUUAGUUUAAAGUGAAUAAUUAUGGAAUUAUUUAAUUUUAAAUUCUAUUUUCUAAUAGUUACUGCCUUGGUUUUUUUAAUUUUAUUUUAUUUUUUAUUUUUUUUUUAAUACCAACAGGCUGGCCUAUUAAUAGAAUGAUGGGUGGCAUAUCAUUUUCCCAUAAUGAAAUAUGCUACAGAAUGUUUUAGAGAGAUUUUUAAUAAUUGCACUCUGGCUACUAAGCUAGCAUGGAUUCCUGCCUUAUGGUUAGUGGAAACCUUCAAAGGUUUUCUUUGAAAGAUUUCGCCCCAGCUCACUAGUCUGCUCUGCAGCUGUUUAAGAUGGAGAAUCUGUGUGAAUAUUGCACAUUGGAAAUGGAGAUAAUUAUUUUCUUUUGUGUUUUCCUGAAAAUGUAACAUUUUUUUCUUAUGGAAAGAUGACUUUCAGUUAUUUCCCAACAUAAAAUACACACGAUAUAUUUGUGUUUGUGUGUGUAUGUAUAGAUAUUCAAGUCCAUAAUCUCAUCACAACAUCAUAUGUGACAUAGGAAAUGUCUACAGUUUUCAGAUGGCACUUUUUAUUUCAUGAGUGAUAAGGAUCAUUUAGAUAUUAAAACACUACCAUGAAUUUCAUGGACAAAGCAUUUUUGUUGUCAAACUGAAGGGGGAGAAAAACCACAAUUUUAAUUAUGCGGAGUUUACUUUUUAUGGAGAUGAAUUUGUUAGUUUUUACAAUGUCUGAGCAUAACAUCCCUGAUCCAUAUAUAUGUAUAUAUAUGUGUGUGUUUUUUAUAUAUAUGCAUAUAUAUAUCAUUACUUAUACCUUCCACGUUAUAUUGACCACUAAUAGGAAUCCAGGAAUAAUUUUAAAUCCUGUUCUGUCAGGAGACCGACCUUUAUUGUAUUUUAUAACUGUCUCAACACUGCUAACUAGAAAACUGAGAGCAUUUACUUGCCUCUUUGACAAAUGUUAACCUAAAAGCCUUGUUUUGUGCCAUUUAUAUUGUUGGGAAUACAGUAUAUGUUUUGGUUUUGUUUUUUUAACAUUUAAAAAAAUUGUACGGUGGCCUCAAGUUACAAAGUUGCCUAGGUAAACACUUGUGAACUGACUGUGGGUUGAAGGUUGAUGUAAGGUGUCUCCGGAGGGAUACAUGCUGGGAGUAAGUGAAUAUUGGAAAAGCCUGCCAGCAGUCGUCGUGGCUUCCUGUCCCAGCAGUAUCUGGAACGCUUGAGCAGCAAGAAGGAAUUAUUGGAAGUGCGUAUGUUUAUUAUUGUCGCAGUAUGGUUUUUAAAAUUAGCACCAUCGUAUUUUGGGUUUUUAUUUGUCAUUUUAACUGAUCAGCACUUUCUGUACCAAUCUAAUGUAUCUUCCUUGUUUGUCAUAAGAUUGAUGAAAAUAUUGAGCAGAAGCUCUUAACAUCCCAGUCUUGCAAAAGAAGGUUUCUCGUGGAACCGUUUUAUGCCAGUUCUUUGUUGCAAGUGAGUGCUCCUGGUGUCAGAAGCAGCUCGUCAGUAUCUUGGUGGGCUCGGUGGUUGCCAGAGUCAGCCAGCUUUGGGCAGUUGCCAAGUAUUUUUUGUUCCUGUUGUUUUCCUGUUUUGGGUGUCGCCAAACAUUGGAACCAAAGGCCAAGUAGCAAGCAGCCUUUACUUUAUUUUCUUUGCAGAAUACGCUUGUGUGAUAGACUGUUAAAAACUACUCUGUGACUAUUUACACAUGCGCAUUCUAGUGGUUACAUCUGCUGUUCCUGUUUAAAGCCGAAAAUGAGUCAUAGAGAAAGGCCUAGAAUUGGCCUGUCACAAGAACAUCGCAGACAAGCUGCGUAAGUUUUGUUGUUUUUCACUUAAAGCUUGCGCUGUUUCUGAUUGGCAUCUUAAAAACCAACAUUAAACUGUCAUGUUUUAUUUAAUUAAGUGGAAAGUGACUGCUCUGUACAUCAUGAAUCUAACAAUAUACACUCUGUAAUUCACUGUCCUGUACACUAAGUUUCAUCGAUCUUUUUUAACCUACAGUUAGAAUGGCAGAUUAUCAGCCACAAAUCUUAAUCCAGUUGUAUGGCUUUAACCAGGUGCAGUAUGCAGUCAUGUGGAAUCUCGCUUUCUAGUGCUGGCCAAAUGGAGAUGUCUCUAAUUACUGGCUUCAAUAAACACGAAUCCAGACUGCUGGCA